ACAUCUUAAGGUUCAAACCGCGAUCGUAUCUUAUAAAUGGGUAGUCAACGCUAGUAUCUAGUUAUUUCGUUUUUGCACUCAUCCGACUUACUGCUCCGUCCACGCUUGGGUUUACUAUAUUUCUUAAAUCUGGGUGGUGUCAUAAAUCCGCGUAAUUUAUGUUAUCGGGAUCUUGGUGAUCUGCUUUGCGUCCAAGCGCGUUCUUUGAUUACUGAUUAGGUGAGUGGAUAAUGGUGAUUUCCGUAGAAAGUGAAAUUUCGAUAUGACGCCCCGGUGAAGGCCUCAUUGUGGUAAACUUAGAAAUUGGUUUCUUUGGUUCAUUUGAGUGACUUGCUGAAAUCAGUGGUGUCCUUAGAACUUGAUUGCAUAAUUUGGAACUAAAACUUUCAAAAGUGAGCAGAAGUUAAUCCAUUUAUCGUACGGAGGGGUGGCCCUUCUCAUCAUUUGGAUAAAUCAAUCGUGCUUUCGACUUAUAUUGAAAGAUGGGAACGAGUAGAGGCCACAUUCGAGGCGCAAUAGCAAUAUUGGUAUUGAACUACUUGGCCGCCAUAGCGUCAGGUCAAGCGAAUCCACUAUUCCCGCGACCAGAGAGUGUUUCACCGAGUGACCGGCAAUUCCGUGUUGCUUACGAAUGGAAUGUUAUCGACUAUGCAUAUCCUUCGGAAAUUCAUCGAUCCAGGGCGCUUCAGGUUGGCGAUUAUAUUCCGACAAAUGUCUUGAUAUCAGACGUGAAAGCAUUCGCUAAUCGACUCUAUGUGACAAUGCCACGGAUGUUACCCGGAGUACCCGCAACUUUGGGUUGGAUUAUUUCACCGGAUAACAAUGGACCAACAAAUCCGCGGGUGGAACCGUUCCCCAAUUGGGAGAUGAAUCAACGCACUAACUGUUCAGCUUUGCAAUUCGUGCAGGGAAUCGCUAUUGACGCUGACGGGAUUAUGUGGGUGGUAGACUCUGGAAGAUUGGAUACCUUAAGACCAGAGCGUCCAGUGUUUACAUGCCCACCUAAGCUGCUGCUGCUCGACCUGAAGCGGAAUGGAACAAUUCUCCAUCGACAUGAGUUUCCCGAGGAGGUUGUGGCACGUGGUACCAAUUAUUUGAACAAAGUCGUUGUGGAUGAUGCAUUCGGUGGGUUCGCCUAUAUCACUGACAACAGCGGCUCAGACCCAGGAAUCGUUGUCUUCUCCAGGAAGCUGAACAGAUCAUGGAAAGUACGAGAGAAUAAUUCCAUGCGAGCUGCAUUGAACGCAAUUCAGUUCACUGUCAACGGAACCAAUUUACAAUUCUCAAUUCACAUCGAUGGAAUUGCCUUGGGGCCGUACUACAACCCAAACACCGGGGACACUUUAACGCUUAACUCUCCGAAAUUUAGCAAUGAAAAUUUUGAACGAAAUGUUUACUACUGUCCCCUAUCAAGUUAUCACCUGUAUUCUAUACCUGCAUCAUUUUUACGCGACCCAGAAUUCACAAGAAGAUCAACUCCACGGGAAAUUUUCGAAUCUGUAACUGAUUACGGUUUGAAAGUCUCCCAAACCGAUGGCAUGAUCAUGGACAAUCAAGGCAUAUUGUACUAUGGGCUCCUGAAGGAACACGCGAUCGCCCAAUGGGACUCCUUCCAGCCUUUCACAGUUAACAACCAGCGCAUAGUCGCCAGAGACGACGAUUUCAUUCAAUGGGUGGAUGGCAUGUCCUUCGAUGAACUAGGAAACCUUUUCGUGGUGGUGAAUCGAUUGCAUAACUUCGUUGCUGGUCGUCUGAAUCCUAAUGAAAUCAACUUUAGAAUCCUUCGGUCGAAAACGGGUAGUUUGAGCUAUGUAUAUACUAAUAGUUUUGGAGCCGGCAAUAUAGGGACCGACCCUAACAGUUAUCCCCAUGAGGGAGCUGCUUUCUUCGACAACGGGCUGUCUUCAACGACACCAAUUUACAAUCUUUUGGAGGGUCGAAUCCCAUAUUAUAAUUCAGCUAAGAAAAACGCUUUCGUUUACUUCCAUUUGAUCCUUAUGUUAGUUUUCACGUUAGCCUUACGUUAGUGUUUAGUUUCCUUAACUGUAUACCCUAAAUAAUUCUAAGAGCCAAAUCGACUUAAUAUUUUUUAGCUAUAAAUAUUCGAUUUGUAUGUGUUGUGAUGGACUAUUUAGACAGAUUAGCAACAAAUAUCCGCUAUGCAGCAUACACCAGUCAAUUAUUUAACAGAACAUGCAGCCCUUCAAGCUCCUUGAGUUGAAGUUGGAGUACAUUUAACAUUACCAUUGCUAAUUUCCAUUGCAGCAUCAGAUAGCUGACAAACAGAAUUACUUCUAAUUCAAAUUUAAUAAUUAUCCCCCAUCUUCGUUAUGUAUUUAUAUUGCAGAUUGCGCAUGUUACCAUGUAACUUGUUGAAUAUUGUGAGAGUGCUACCAAAUAAACGUCUACGUACUGUACUACCAUCCAAAUAUACUAUAUAUUCGAUAUUUAAGGAUUCGUUACGUAGUUUUUAUUUUAAUCUGACCCUGUUGCUACUGAAAGUAUGUACAUAGCUCCUUUUUAAUGUAAACUUACUUCCUGAAAUAAAUUUAUAUUUUGAAACUA